AUGGACCGAAAUUCGCAGGCAGACAGACUACUUAUCUUCGCUAAGGAGACGGAAGAAGGAAACAAGAAAACAGCUCUAACUUGCAGCACCACCGCUCAGUUGAGCUCCUCGACAUUUUCCAACUUGUUACGCCGACAGUGCUUGUGUGCGGGAGUUCUUACGAGUUUGCGAGCCCUCCAUCCAAUCUUGCAAUGCAAUUUAAUCAAAGAAGUGCUGUCCAGGGCAGCUCAACCGCAGGUGGCGAUAAAUAUCCUACCGCCGCCGACCCUCCGGGACCCUUCGACGAAUGGGAGGUCAUCAAUACUCACGGAGGACCAGGGCAGCGAGUUGCCGCACCAU